AUGCGUCGCCCCACGGGCUGCCCGCUGAGCCAGAUCUGCAUCCCCCCUCCCGCCGUCCUGGCGCGAAGCUUCCCCGUGGGAUCCAGCCUGGAUUCCUGCGGCACCGGCGGAAGCUUCCAGUGCCUCCCUCCCUGCGGGAUCCCCUGCUGCUACCCCGGCACCACCACCUAUGUCAGCCUGGGCGGCCUGGCCGUGGCCCAGGCCACCGGCUGUGCCAAUCCCUGCGGCCUGGUGGCCACCACGCGUGUCCCCCCGUGCUGCCAGGGCGUGUCCGGGGGCACCAGGACCUGCGGGAACCCCUGCUGCUGCUGCUGCCGGGUGACCGAGUACAGCACCAGCAGGCGGGAUUGCUGCCAGGAGGUGGCCAAGAGCUCCACAGCCACCUGUCAGGAUCCGUGUUGUCAGGAGGUCACCACGUGUGUCACCACCUGUCAGGAUCCGUGUUGUCAGGAGGUCUCCAAGUGCACCACGACAUGCCAAGAUCCGUGUUGCAAGGAGGUCACCACGUGUCAGGAUCCGUGUUGUAAGGAGGUCACCACGUGUGUCACCACGUGUCAGGAUCCGUGUUGUAAGGAAGUCACCAAGUGCACCAGGACAUGUGUGGACCCCUGCCACAAGGAGGUCACCAAGUGUGUCACCACGUGCCAGGAUCCGUGUCGUCAGGAGGUCACCACGUGUGUCACCACGUGUCAGGAUCCGUGUUGUACGGCGGUCACCACGUGUGUCACCACGUGUCAGGAUCCGUGUUGUACGGCGGUCACCACGUGUGUCACCACGUGUCAGGAUCCGUGUUGUACGGCGGUCACCACGUGUGUCACCACGUGUCAGGAUCCGUGUUGUACGGCGGUCACCACGUGUGUCACCACGUGCCAGGAUCCGUGUCGUCAGGAGGUCACCAAGUGUGUCACCACACGUCAAGAUCCAUGUUGUAAGGAGGUCACCACGUGCACCAGGACAUGUCAGGAUCCCUGCUGCCAGGAGGUCUCCAAGUGUGUCACCACGUGUCAGGAUCCGUGCUGUAAGGAGGUCACCACGUGUGUCACAACGUGUCAGGAUCCCUGUUGUAAGGAAGUCACCAAGUGUGUCACCACAUGCCAAGAUCCGUGUUGUAAGCAAGUCGCCAAGUGUCAGGAUCCGUGUUGUAAGGAAGUCACCAAGUGUGUCACCACAUGCCAAGAUCCGUGUUGUAAGGAAGUGACCACGUGCACCACCACCUGCGUGGACCUGUGUUGUCCGGAGGUCACCAAGCGUGUCACCACCUGUGUGGACCCCUGCUGCCAGGAGGUCUCCAAGUGCACCACAACAUGUCAGGACCCGUGUUGUCAGGAGGUCUCCAAGCGUGUCACCACGUGCGUGGAUCCGUGUUGUCAGGAAGUGUCCAAGCGUGUCACCACCUGUGUGGACCCCUGCUGCCAGGAGGUCUCCAAGUGCACCACAACAUGUCAGGACCCGUGUUGUCAGGAGGUCUCCAAGCGUGUCACCACGUGCGUGGAUCCGUGUUGUCAGGAAGUGUCCAAGCGUGUCACCACCUGUGUGGACCCCUGCUGUCAGGAGGUCACCAAGUGUGUGGACCCGUGUUGUCAGGAGGUCGCCAAGUGUGUCACCAGGUGUGUGGAUCCGUGUUCCAAGGAGGUCACCAAGUGCGUCACCACGUGUCAGGAUCCCUGCUGUGCCACCAGGUGUGCCACCAGGUGUGUGGAUCCCUGCUGCCAGGAGGUCACCAAGUGUGUCACCACAUGUGUGGACCCAUGUUGCAAGGAGGUUACCAAGCGUGUCACCACCUGCGUCGAUCCCUGCUGUCAGGAGGUCACCAAGUGUGUCACCAGGUGUGUGGAUCCAUGUUGCAAGGAGGUCACCAAGUGCACCACGACAUGCCAGGAUCCGUGUUGUGCCACCAGAUGUGUCACCAGGUGUGUUGAUCCUUGCUGUCAGGAGGUCACCAAGUGUGUCACCAGGUGUGUGGAUCCAUGGUGCAAGGAGGUCACCAAGUGCACCACGACAUGCCAGGAUCCGUGUUGUGCCACCAGAUGUGUCACCAGGUGUGUUGAUCCUUGCUGUCAGGAGGUCACCAAGUGUGUCACCACGUGCCAGGAUCCCUGUUGUGCCACCAGGUGUGUCGAUCCCUGUUGUCAGGAGGUCACCAAGUGCACCACGACAUGCCAAGGUCCCUGCUGUGCCACCAGAUGUGCCACCAGCUGUGUGGAUCCCUGCUGCCAGGGAGCGACCACGUGCUGCCAGGGGGUGACCAGGGGCGUCACCACGUGCCAAGACCCCUGCUGUGCCACCAGAUGUGUCACCACGUGCCAAGACCCCUGCUGCCAGGGAGUGACCACCUGUCCCACCCCGUGCCAAGACCCCUGCUGCCAGGGAAUGACCACAUGCUGCCAGGACGUCACCAGAUGUGCCACCAGGUGCCAAGACCCCUGCUGUGCCACCCCUCAGGGCCGCGGGGGCGUCCAGGUUGUCACCAGGUGCUCCGACUCCUGCUCCACCACCUGCGUCACCCAGACCUGCCCCGUCUGCGGCCAGUGCUGCCCCGUCUCCUGCUGCCCGAAAUUCCGGGCUCCCUGAGGGGAUCCCGCUCCCCUUGGGGGGUUUCCCCGUGGAAUCUCCAAGGGAAGAGUAAAUCCUUAAUUUUUCCUGGCGUUCUGCCUCGUUCCUGCUGUUUUUAACCUCAAGAAAGCGCCUUUCCUCGCGGGAUGUAAC